CCACCCGUUAAGAUGUCCCGAUUAUACCAAAGGGUAGUUAUCCCGCUCGUGGUGGCCACCUUGCUUCUAUGCGGGUAUAUAUUGAGCUCACAUACACCUAAGGACACGCUCAUCAACACCGGUUCACACAUUAUUGAUUCAUUCGCUCACAUCACCGACACUACCUCUUCACAGAAGGAGCAAGCAGGGCCGAAUGGAGGUACUGCUGACAACUUGGCCAGCGGUAAAAAGACCCCCACAACAGAGGAAACCAAGGAAGAGGUCGAGGUCGAUCCCUGUACCGUCAUCAACCCAUCGAAUCACGGAUUCAUCGAUAUGAGAGCCUUAUCUUCUAUUGAAAACGACGGCAAGGCCUUACCAUGGAUCUCACGAGGAUAUGAGAGUGGAUACAACUAUACCAUUGGAAUUUGCUCAAAUCCUUUCAAAAGACAACACGAGGGAGCCAGAGAUAUCCAGGACAACGUCAACGCCAGCAGUAUAGGUGCGUUUUAUGUGGACCCCAAAACCAGUAAAUACGUUUCCAUGGGAGAGUUUUCUACCACACCAAAGUUUAUUGGUAAGAAGCUUACCUUGACCUACGAAAAUGGUUCAUACUGUGAAAACACAGUGAAUUCUGCCACCGGGGAAAGAAUGAGAAAAUCAACAAUUUUGAAGUUCACCUGCGAUCGUGAAAUGAUGGCGAAGGCUGCAGUUUCAUUCAUUGGCUCCUUCAACGAUUGCCACUAUGUGUUUGAAGUAAGGUCCCAUUAUGCAUGUCCAGCUGCCCCAAAGAGUAACAACUUAGCAGUCAUUUGGAUAUUUUUAUUGAUCGUAUCCGCUGCUGUUUUGGUGUACGUAUCUGGGGGUUUGUUGUAUAAGCAAAUGAAGAAGCAGAACAAAGCGUUUACGCUGAAAGCAUAACCAGCUAGUCUGGCAUGGACGCGUGUAUAUUAUUGCAUAUAGAUAACUAUUUAAGCUGAGUUAGAAAUAGAGCUACUCGGCAACCAAAGA